AUGACCACUUUCGGCCAGAGCGGCAUUGACAUCCUCUGUGACGCCGCUGCCAACUCCUCUUCACAUCCUCCUCCUACCCAGGCGGCCCCGGUCCAGCUCCAACCGGCCCGGAGCGGCAAUGUGACGGCGCCUCAACUUCAGCACCUACCGCAGCCGGCUCCGGCUCCGGCUCCGACGCUAGCCCCGUCACUCACCACCGGUCAGGUGAAGCAGUCUAAGAGGAAACAUCCUAGCUCACCUAGGUCGACACCUCCCUCUCACGUCUGUCACAUCUGCGCUAGGGUCUAUGAGAGGGCUGAUCAUCUCACGCGCCAUUUACGAGCUCACGAGAAUGCUCGUCCUUACCAGUGUACCAGGUGUCCCAAGCGCUUUAACCGCGCCGACCUUCUCACCCGCCAUGAGGCCACUCAUGAUCGCGACGGUACCGACUCGGGACGCGCGUCUAUUAGGAGGAGUGACCGUGCGUCUGAAGCUUGCGUCCACUGCGCUUCGUCCAAGUCGAAGUGUGAAGAUGAGAAACCAUGUACCAGGUGUAGGACUAGGGGCCUCGUUUGUGAGAUGCCCACCAAACGCUUCAACCAGCUCCGCACUCCGAGCUCCUAUGCCACGGCCGUGUCUACUCCUGAAUCGACGUCGUCGGUGGCUGCUGGACCGGAGAUUGGCGCCGGUUCAUCCUCACUAGCGCCUCAAUACGACGCUGAGAUAGACCCGGAUGCUGGCAGUGCCUCGUUCCUGAACGGUUCCGCGCAGGCUGCUGCCAGCAACGGACGCCAUUUGCUGCAGAGUCCCGUCUCCAAUCCCAUUUCCCGGAGCCAGCAGCAGCCACAGCAGCAACCCAUGCAGACCUCCGGUGCCCUUGACAGUACGACGUACUUUAACCCUUCACAGAGCACGUUCCAGAACAUAGACUUCUCGUCGUGGGACUUGAACUUUGACGACAUCCCUGUGCCUCAAUAUGAGCCCUCUGGUCCUAGUCCCUCGACGGGCUCAAGUGCAUCCAAAGCGUCGGGAAAGACCGUCAUGAGAGACCCGGCUCGAGGCCACGAAGCUUUCAAGAGAUCGCCUUGGUUAUGGGAGCCCAGCCAUGAGGAUUACAUCCGUCGAGCAGCAGAAGACCUCAACGUGAGCGACGAUAUCACGCGAGGUCUUCGUCUCGAGCGAGUGUCCAAGGAAUUAUACCCUCAAAUCAGGAUGGACUCUUCAAUGCGCGACAGACUGUUUGCUCUAGUUCUCUCGCAGAACAAGGACACCGGCAAAGUUCCUUCCUUUCCAUCACUCGGAUUGCUCAACUACAUUCUCCUCAUGCACUUCACCCAGGAAGCCCGCAAGUUCGACACCUGGAUUCAUAUAGGGUCCUUUGAUCCUGCUUCUUCUCUUCCCAUAUUUGUCGCGGCGCUCGUUGCGAAUGGGGCCACCUACGUGUCUGCGCCUGCUAUUUGGCAGUUUGGAAUGGCUCUUCAUGAAGUUGUCCGUAUUGGCCUUGGUCACCAUAUUGAGAAACGUAACUUGAACACGAGGGAUCUCACUACUCUCCAAUCCUUUCUAAUUAACCUGGAUAUCGGACUCUGGAGCGGCUUCCAGCGAAAGAUGGAAAUUUCCGAGAGCUUUCUUCUGCCGCUUGUAACGGAGGUAGAUGAUACGGAGAGCUGCCUUCCCGCGUCUAGAGAUCUUUGGAUGGCUCGAACAGCAGAACAAUGGCGGGAUAUCUACCUUUCCAAGGCAAGCUCGGCUCCACCAGCCGACAUCCCCAACAUCUCCGAGGCAAUGCACCAUCGUGAUCUCAUUUCCAUGUCGGGCACCCUCAUUGACAAAGAGAUCUCCUACGCCGCGUUGCUCUAUGGAUUCCGCGCCCAAGUUUCCAGCUACUGGGAGUCUACUAAGUUUUACUCUGCCGGACGGCAACCUAACGCUCCGCUUACCAACUACCCUCCGUGGGUUCAGAUGCAGUAUCAAACUCUCUACCGUGACCUCAAUGUCUUGGCCAACCACGCCGUCGCUGCCGUUCCUCACUCUCGCCACCUCGCCUUAACGUCCGAAAUCAUGAUGAUGACAACCCAUGUCUCCCUCGAUGACCUACAAAAAUUCGCCGGUAAAGCCGGCGAAGACGAAGCCAACCGCGUCUCCGACGCCCUAGACCAAUACUGGGCCACGACCCCCAUAGCGCGCCACGCCGUCUGGCACGCCGGCCAAGUCUUCCGCUACGCGAGCCUCCUCCCGCCCACGACCCUCCGCGACUUCGCAGCCGUGGCCGUCUACUAUGCCAGCCUCACGCUCUGGAUCUACGGACUCCUCCGGCCCAACGAACCGGGUUCGGAGGAACUCAAACAAUGCUGCGUGCCCGUCAACGGCGAAGAGACGCCGCAGACGCGAGAGUUCAUCGUCAAUGGCGGGGUUCCCGGCCUCCGUGUGGGCGAUGUCAUCGAGCCGAUUUCGAAGGAUGGCAUCGUGCUUUCGACGGCAAGGUCGUUGUUGAGGUCGAAUUUUCCUGUGCAGGAGGAGGCGUUACCGCCGCUUGUGGAGAGCUUGAGCCGUUUGAUGUGGGAUCUUGUGGGUGAUGGGAGGGUGCAGUAG